GGCAGCCUAUACUUUGUAUGUAUACUAAUUUAAUUCAUUCUCCUCAACAGUUAGUUACCGAACAUACAUUAUUAUGAAUAGGUAAGUAUUCAAAUCAAAAUACUUCCCACAUACCACUACUUCAGCAGAAUCACAGCAAACAAGUAAAUAAUGUUUUUCGGCGCUUCUGGUUCUAACCUAAAACCAUCAAACACAUGACAUCACGUGUGAGAGCGUAACGAACCAUGUAUCCAACGUUGUAACGUCCUACCGAUAAGAGCCCGAACGUGCCAUGUGGUUUUAUCCCACACGAUGUAGCGAAUGGCCAUGUGUCUAAAGCUGUAAGGCAUUCGCCACAACGUGUGGGACCGGCUUAAGUGUGCUUACAGAUUUUUCUGUCUUUGGUGUAGUCGAGAGCAGGGUAUUUUUUGCCUGUCUGUUGGUGACCCUUUCAAAAUAGUUCCGUGAUAGGUCUCUCCCGUGGUUUCUCUGAUUUGACAAGCCUGACAAGCUGAAUGACAUUGUCAUCCUGACAUGUUGACUUUUUUGUUGCUGUAAAUUGUAAACGUUAAAUGUCUCUUAAAAUGUAAUAAAACAAUAAUUUGCCUAAUUAGAAAUGCAUUUUCCAACGUGACUCAUACCAGACUCUAUAUAACACUAUAACCAUCAUAAUAAAGUCUCUCGAAAUGUUUACAAAGAGAAACCUAGUUGAUAUCAAGAAAUCAACAUCGAAAUUGCAAGACCCAAAAAAGGACGUCGCUACCAGAGUUAAACACCUAAAAAUUAUAUUAGAAAAUGUAGAUAUUGCUGAAGCCAAGGGGUUAUUUGAAGCAAAUUUCAGCCACAUAUACAAUGUCCUAUAUGAAAGUUUUGUGCAAACAGAAGGCAAUCUCAGGCAAAGAGAGCUGUCCUUUCACUUGGGUAAGUCUUGCUUAUCUCUCCCCAACCCUGGUACACCCCUAACCAAACUUGAAUUGUAGUCCACAAAGCUCACAAAGAGGAACUAGAAUGCACACUGUGGAUACUGGAGCAAGUAUUGUGUCUGCUGCCAGAAUUGAUUCACAGAAGAUGGCAGCUACACUCAUUAGGAAGGAUGCUGGGAAAGCUGUUGCAUCUGGGGAAUGCCAUCAAGCUGAGGAGGCAGGGGAUUCGAUAUUUUCUCAUGUGGUAUCAAGCCUUAAAUGAAAACGCCCCCCAAUACGUCCAUCACAUGUUCGCGAGCAUCGUACCCGGUUUUUACCCUCCUGCUCCACCCUACAAUCCGCCUCUCUCUCCACCCGACCCUCAUCAACCAGUAGGGCCAUCGGAGUUGCUUCCCCUUCUACCGCCUAGUAGUGGGGAGCGGCCACCCGAUCAUCCUGGCAGGUUCUAUCUGGAGGCUUUGCUGGAGUACAUGGUACACACCACAGUAAAGCUAGAGUGGCAGGAUAAAGCUGCCUAUCAUCACAGGUGUUUCAAUUUCGUAUUGGAAAAAUUCAAAAUGUACUACCUUCCAAAAAUCUGUCCAAAUUUCUGCCAGGAAACUUCACUGUACAGACCAAACUUAGAACUACCGGUAAUGCGAAGAUUGGACAGCGAAAAUGAAGCGGUACAUUGCCGAGUGUCGUUGAUAAUGUGGGUGACAAAUUACAUGCAUCAAGCAAAGAAAAAUAAUGAAGGGGGAGGUGCUGGUCCACCUCAAAAUCAACAAUUCCAACCAAGUCCUCAACAGCAGCAUUACCAUCCCACCCAUGAAGAAGAAUCUCAUGAUUCUGCUCAUCCCAGCUUGGAUUCAACUAUUUCAAUACAGACUAACAAGACGACAACUGAUGAGGAAUUAGCAGCUCAGAUUGUUAGAGAAGUUUUGUGUAGUACAAGAGAUAAUGUUGAUUUUAUCCAUGAGCUAUAUCGUCAGGCGUUACUUUUGAAUUUUACGCAUGUGGUGGCUAUCCGGAAAAUUAUCGCUGUCUAUAAAGACCUCAUACAGGGUAAUGUAUUAGAAAUACCACCAUAUGCUUUGGAGUUGCCUGAGGAUAUGCAAAGAAAUCCUAGUGAUGAGCUUAAUACAGAUAUUGUUCGACCUGGUAGGUUGAGGAACGACUCCUAUCUUGGAGCCAUCCAUAAGGAAAAUCUUCUAGUCAGAGCGGGAAUGCAGAAUUUGUUCCAGCUCUUUAUGACACACGCAGCUAAUGUAUUUCUACUAGAAAUCAACUCACAUGUGCCUAGGAUGCUUGAAGAGCAAACUGAUGCUUGCAAGAGGGUUUUGAACAUUUAUCGAUAUAUGGUUAUGAAUACACGAAUGGAUAACAAUACGUGGGAACAACUGCUACUGGUGCUAUUACAAAUAACAUCCUUGGUGUUAGGCGAGAAUCCUCCUAAAAAGAAAGCAUCUUCUUUAGGUGGAAAACUAGCUCCAGCAAUAUUCCAAACACUCAUUGUCACUUGGAUCAAGGCAAACUUGAAUGUGAUGAUUUCGAGAGAGUUGUGGGACAGGUUUUUGCAUGUGUUGACUUCAUUGACAAACUGGGAAGAACUUAUUAAGGAGUGGGCUAAAACUCUGGAAACUUUGACAAGGGUCCUAGCUCGUCACGUGUAUAACCUCGAUCUAACCGACCUACCGCUUGAUCGCCUGAAUGAAAAGACAAAAAGGGGCAGAAAGGGUCCCACAAAGACUGAAAAUAACAUUCCAAGUAAUAGUAACGGUCAACAUUCGUCCGUGUGCAGGCAAGAUUCGUCAUUACCUGAUGGCCAUUGCAUUUCUAAAAGGUCUCGUGCAGCUAUUCCAAGAAGUUAUAGCGAAACUUCUCUGACAUUGAAAAGGAGGUCAACUUUAGUGAAGCAAGAAGUUGUAAAUAACAAAAACCGCCGUUCCCGUUCACUAGAAACCCUCUCCGCAGCUAUAGGAGCCGCUUCCCAACACGACGCCGAUUCCGCAGACUGUACACGGUCUCCUAGUCCUGCACCAUCUAGUGGCCUGGAGAGUACCUCCGUUAAGGACUCGCCGAUGCAGCUGGACGUGUUGGUUGGAGGGGGUGGCAGUGGGGAUGGACAUCAGGAUAGCGACAGGGGUGUCGUUUGCGGGGGCACGGUCAGGGGUUGGUUGCCGGAUGUUGCUGUCAUAUUAUGGAGGAGAAUGUUGGGCGCCCUGGGUGAUGUCAACCAAAUCUCCGAUCCGAAACUGCACGCCCAGGUUUUCGACUACCUAGUCAAAUUGACCGACACUUUGAUCAAAAUUAGUCAAAACCAAGGCGUCUCUCCAGACAACAUGAGCACUCCACAAGCCCCAGAAUUGGUGCCUCCGUUAACGUUAGUGUUACCUUGGUGUUUUGGAGCACUCACCCUUCCGGACACUUACGAAGUAGGAAAGUUGAGCGCUCUAAGACUGCUAUGUACCAUUACGUUGAAUUGCGAUGCUAAGCAUAGGACGUAUCUGCCCAAGUUUUAUUGGUUUUUGCAUUCAGCGUUGACAGGGCCUUCGAAAUCAGCCCACAACACCUGCCUCAAGUACCUGGGUCCUAGAUUUCUGUCUCUCCAACUUCCUGGGUCCUCUUUACUACUGUUAGAUCUCAUUCAUGCUUGUAACACGGUCUUGAAUAACACUGAAAAACUCGAAUCGACCCCUCGAACCGAGGCGGUCUCAAUUCUAGCAAAUCUUCUCACUGAACCUGACGAUCUCAGUUCUAUAUCUGUACUACAACCAGAUCAAGAUCUGCAUGCUAUGAUGUGUCCUGAUAUCAAGGAGCACGUUGUAAGUAUUCUUCUGAGAACUGGAAAGAGAGAACCGAAAGGCAAAGCAAGGUGUAUAGCUCUCUCAGCUUUAGGUAUAUUUGUAUAUAAGGAACUGAACAAUCAGACAUUCCAUCCAAAGGUUGCCGAUGCGAUUAAUGUUUUAUUAUUAGCUUUAAAGUGUACAAACAAGACGAUAGUACAGCUGACCAGCGACAUCCUGUUCCUGUUGUGUGACCAUGCCCCGUUGCUAUGGCAACACUACCCCCGUUUGGGCAGCGGCGUUGUAAGGGCGCUGUGCGCCACCCUCGCAGCCCAUUCCUCGGACCGUGCACUCAGCGCUGCCCUUCUACUAUGUCUCGGCGAGUGGUGCAUGCGAUUGGGCCCCGCCAGACUCAUGGAGGCAGAGGAGUAUGUCCAAGGAGGGACGAAGGCUAGGUGUCUGCUGCUGAGGGUAUUCUCGGUACUGUAUGACAUAAUAGUAGGGGUCCCAGUCCAAACCGACACUGCGAGUGACUCUGCUCCCCACAACAACCCUACAGCCGACGACUUCGACCCUGACAUCCAGCAGGAUGAUCUAGGCAGUCGGCCUUCCUCGAAGGGCAAUGGCAAGGAUGCUGCUGUCCUUUGCGCAAGGACGGUAAUCGCCCAUCUGGUCACCCAUCUGGGACACUUCCCUAUGGCCAUUGGAGCAGCCCGGUUGAGUUCACUAGUCGCGGAGCACGAUGAUGUCCCUGAUUUAAGUGCUGACGAGUUAUCGACUAGUAUAUUCGAUGCCCCCAAUAUUCAGUUGUUCAUGUUGUCAAAAGCCGUCAUUGCAAGUCUGAUCGAACUACCUGCGCUGGACUUACCUGGAGGUGGUAUUACAGCUGGACUGUCAACUGCCGAUCGACAAGUUCGUGUUUUGCUCAGAGACCUGUCUGGAAAAUCAUGUUGGGAUGCCUCCGUCCUCUAUCGAACUCCAGAAAGCCUACCUCGACAGACCGAUGAACACGAUAAUGCAGAAGUUGACGUGCCCUCCGUAAUGAUGCGGUCAAAUGUAUUUUCUGCACAACCAGAAAGCCUAAUGGUAGGUGUCACACCUCUGCAUGCGUUACCUCAACGUGCUAUGCGCCACAGGCCGCCAAACGUUCUACCAGAUGUUUCGAACGCAGCGCCCGAUAUGGAUCAACUAGACGACCUGUUGCAGUAUAUCGGCCACACGAGCUCCGAGUGUCUCGAGAACAUGUCCAGGAAGUUGAACGAGCCCGCUCCAGCACCGAUGUCCGGCGAUUUAGAAAAUGAAGCCAUAGCGUCUGUAAUAAGCCAAAGAAACAUCGAGUCUGAAGAAAAUAGGCUGGCAUAUCAAACUGAUCAGAUACCGGUCAAGCCUGCUACCAGACCUUGUAGUAGAACUGAUACCAAAAGUGUGACCUCAGACAGUAUGAACUAUCAGCAGCAAAGUUUUAGUAGUACCACGUCCCAGAAUGCAUUCCAGUUAUGUCGAUUGUUUUUCUCCCAGCUUGGUUUCGCAGGAUGGGAAAGAAGGCAGCAGUUGCAUCUGCUAAAUAAGACUGAACGUUUACUUAGAGAGCUAAGAAAUUUGGAUAAUCAAAGCUGUCGAGAGACACACAAGUUUGCGGUGAUCUACGUAGCUCCCGGGCAAGAAGACAAAAAUUCCAUCUUAUCAAACCAAGGUGGUAGUGUGGCUUAUGAGCAGUUCCUGUCAGCACUUGCUUGGGAGGUUGAAUUAGAGGCUCACACUGGCUUCUUGGGAGGGUUGCAAAGACAAGGAUCCACGGGAUUGACGGCUCCCUAUAUAGCUACAAGCUUCUUGGAGGCAGUUUUCCAUGUGGCCACCAGAAUGCCCAGUGAUACGCCAGAGGCAGUUCUUAGUAAGAUAAGGCAUUUAGGGAAUGAUGAAGUACAUGUAGUGUGGUCGGAGCAUAACAGAGACUACAGGCGCGAUAUCAUCCCAACCGAGUUCUGUGAUAUUUUGAUAGCUAUUUACCCACUAGGAAAUAAUUUGAAUCGCGUCACUGUAAACUGUAAAGCUGACGUACCGCACUUUGGUGUGCUAUUUAAUGAAGCUAUAGUUGAAAGUAAUGUUCUAGCAGGGCUUGUUAGGGCAACUGCCAUAUGUGCAAGUCGAGCCAAAAGGAUGACAUACCAAUUUUACCAGCAGUAUUAUGAGGAACGGGCAAGAUCGUUGGAGACAGUAGUAACAAAGCACAAACAUAGCUCCACUUAUGAAGAGUUCAUAGCACGUGUAUACAGCCCCGUAAGUGGAUUGAGUGGCGCUUAUAGGAGUGGCGGGCAGCAUAUGAGUGGAAAUAAUACGGAGUCUUCAACAUCGACAAGCGGAAAUUCAUCUUUGGCCAAUGCCUUGUUAGAUUCGUCUCAUACCCAUAAAGUGCAGCAGAGAUCCGGUGACAAUAAGUUCAGAGCCAACGAAGCUGUAAGAACUAGUUGGUUUAACACAUCAGACGUACAAACCGUCGAGUCGAGCAUAUCUCCAAGGCCUAUGAAGCGAAUCACGUCGAACCUGAAGAAUCCCAGAAAGUCGCUGAAACACGAAACGUCCGUGGAAUCUCCUCCCGAGAGUCCACAGCAGAUGACGAGGAAAAAAUAGUAUCAGUAAUUUCCGAAUAUUGCAAUAUUCACAUAUUUUUGAAGUAUAAUUUGUAGUGAUACGAUCUUGAUGAAUUUAAACAGUUAAAGUAUAGGGUGAUUCAAAAAACAAUGGCAAUAUUCCUAAAACAUGUAACUUAACUACAUGCACCUGUAAUCACACCUGUAAAAACUCCAAAAUCAAGGGUGGCUAGAAGCCAAAGCAAGAAAACAACGCGAUUAAGAACAUCAGAUAAGUCGUAUAUUGAAGGACGGAUACAAUUAACCCUAAAUACAGAUUAAUUUAACUUUAAAAUGGCAUUCAUCGUGCGCGGCCGUCGCGCGGUGGUUUCCAUUCGCAACUGCCCCUCCUCGUUUCAUCCCGUGGACACACCGUUGCCAAUAUGUUUUUCUUGUACCAGACAUGUCACAUUUCUCGUAGAUUCGGCAUAUAAUAUCGUACCUAAGUAUAUAUCACACUUUGACAUCUACUACUGAGGCUAGUGACAUUUUUGUGUUAGUCUGCAACGUUGGCAAUAAAUCUAAAAAACUUGUUUGUAGCGUUUUGUUUUGUGUAUGCAAAUGAACUUUUCUAAAUGAAGAGCUGUUAGCAAGUACGAAAUGGAUCUGUAGCGUACAAAAAACCAAAACAAAAUAUGGCGCCAUCCACCUGGUAUUGACGGAUCCGUCAGAAUUGUGUCCUUUGCCGAUAUGGGGAAUUUUGAAAUAUUACUAGAUAAUCAGCUGUCACUCUACCGUAAUUGAUACUCGUGAAAAGUACUAUAUAUAGAUGUUGAGUUCAGAGCUGUUUUUCAGUGAACUAGUUGAGUUACUCCGAGUGAUAUAAGUAAUAGGCCAAACAAUUUAAGGUGGUAUAUCUGCCAUGUAUAUUUCUUGCAAAAUAAAAAUUUGAACAAGUUAUAAACAUAACCUUUAUAAUAAUAAUAAUAACAACCUAAUUGAAGCAUUUUCAGUUGGUUUAGUUGGUGUGAAUUAUGACCAUCAGGUUAUAAAAUGUGAACGCACGGUACUAGAAUUACGAAGUAUAAAAUUUGAGUAUUUAGAGUUGAUAUAAUUCAAUAAAAUCAACAUUUACUUAAAUAAUCGUGUAUCUUUGCGAGGCAAUAAAUAGUCCGUAUUGAUAUAGUUUUAACAAAAUCAGUAUUACAAUAUUACAAAAUAGCAAUGCUGUCAUCGCGUUGACAGUCCUUGACGUAGUUAUAUUUGACAGACCAACUAUUGACCAACCAGACCAACUAAAAAAACUUAUAGUAAGUAUUGGUAUAUCGUAUUUCACGAGUAUCCAUCACGGUAGAAUGACAGCUGAUUAUCUAGUUAUAUCUCAAAAUUCCCCAUAUCGGCACAGAACACAUAAUUCUGACGGAUCCGUCAACGCCAGGUAGACCGAGCCCAACUUUGUUUUGGUUUUUUGUACGCUAAAGAUUCAUUUUGUACUUGCUAAGAGCUCUUUUAUUUAGAAAAGUAACUGGUACAGAAACUUAUUUAUAUUAUCGUACAUGUACGAGGUUUCUCGUACGUCUGGCGACCCUGCGCGGGCAGGAUUGUAGGACGCGCGAUUGCGACUGUCUCUUCCUUUUCACUAGAUUCGGCACUUCGCUUUCCUUCGCACGCCACUGGCGAGGAAGUAUGGUAAUCGCGAAAAAUUCCGAAAGUGGCAAGUUAUGUUUAUUGGAAGUUAUAUUUCAUGUACAUUACGAAGCCAUGUCACUCAUUUCGGUUAGUUUGCAUGUUAGUCCUCUCUGCCUGUCAGUCUGUCCGCUAAUCCUUGGCCUGUCUAUAACUUGGAAAGUACCGCUCAGAUUGUGAUGAAAUUUUCUCACAAGGGUGCAGGCAAAAAUUUGAAAAAAAAUAAAACUGCUUGAAGGUUUUUUUUGGCGUUUCAGAGACUCCUGAUCGUUUUCAGAAAAAAAUUAGGGGCUUAAAAAUUGAGGGUUAGAAGCUGUAGGUGGUGGGGAACGGUAUAUCUCAAUUUUUUAUAUUAAAAUAUUUAUACGCUUCCAGCCCCGGUAAUUGUAAGUACGUAUUAGUCAUAUUUCACACAUCAUAGGUUCCCCCCUACAUUUGCCCUCAAAAUGAAUAUCAAUUUCAUGUGCGUGACAAUCAAUCCCAAUUGAUUAGAAAAUAUCAUAAUAAUUCUAACAAUAAUUUGUACAAUGACUCAAUAUGGGCUUGGUCUAACUCCUCAGCAUUAUCCACUCCUCUCUAAUUUCCUUUUGCGAAUAAUGCUCUAUCAGUUUCAUCCGUACUGAGACAUCUAAAAACGUGUUCAAAACUAACAUCAAUUCGACCAUUCAACUUGCUAUUACAGAAAUCAGUGUUUAGGCCAUUGUUGUGGAGCCAAUCACAGUCCAGGAUAAUGUUUCUAAUAAGACCCGGUAUAACCAAAAGGCUGUAUUCAAAUUCGCGACCACCCAAAGGCGAGGUACACCCGCUCCCUGACGGUCCUUGAUUUGGUGCCCAUAGCCCCCAUCAAAGUAAGACAUUUCCUUGGAAAAUUCGGUAUCUCCGAAUUUACUUUCAAAAUUUCACCCAAAAAUUUCUCCUUGACCCCCGUAACUUGACUACCAGAGUAGACUAGACGCUGUGUCGAAAUGCCUCGAAACCUUGCAGUUACCACCGGCAACACUACAGCAUGUUUCUCUUCCUCCAUUACCUCCAUAUCUCGGUUCAAAAUCGUGGAAACCUCUAGACGAUCUCCAUUUUCUGCAUUCCUAUCAUCAUUCCUAUUAUUUCGUCAGCUAGAGUUUUCCUGCACCAUCUACCUGUCUACCUUGUCACGAUUAUUACUCCAUUGGCUCUGACCACGACUCUCUCCUCUAUUUUCUCUUACUGAACCAUUUCUCACUUAUAUAUAAAUCUCAAAUAAUCUGCGUAUACUUGACUGAAAAUAUGCUAUACACAUAUCCAACAAUUCAUCUUCAUCCAUAAGCUUCGACAAAUAGUUCGAUUUCCGUAUUUCAAAAGUAUUCGCCACGAGAGCGUCGCUCGUAUUCACCAUAUUUGAUUCCACAGAACACCGCCCAGUAU